GCGCUCUCGCCGCCGCUCGCCCUCUGUCCUGUCCCCCUCUCCUCACACACAUCCACACACGCACACCCUCUCCCCUGCCUCCCUCCCCGCGCGCCGCCCGCCCCGCUGGCCCCGCUCGCCCUCGCGCGCUCGGAAGGGAGUCGCGAGACGUCGGAGCCGCGGCCACGUAGCGCUGCGGCGGCGGCGGCGGCGGCCGAGGCCGGGUCUAAGGAGCGGCCCUGAGGACAGACGUUGGGCAGGGGGGAGGGGCCGGCCCGGCCGGCGGUUGUUACUCGAGCGCCGCGGCUGCAGGCCCCCCGCCGCAGGGAUGGACCGCCGAGGCGGCGGUCGGGGCGGCGGAGGCGGAGGCGGCCGGCCCGGAUAAUAUGCUCCAAGUCAUUGGCAGCUGUCUUCAAAAGAAAACUCUCUAAUGCUCCGCUUUUCCAUAAUACCAAGCCUUUUUGACUUAUGCUUUGGUGCUGCAACACUAGGAGAAUUGCACACAGGUUCCAGGAAUAUCUUUUUUGCAUUUGAGUGAUUCUUUGUGGAUGGAAAAAAAUUUGAGUCUUAAUAAUUGGUCUGUUUUAAAGCUAUUUCUCUGUAGUGUGAACUGCUUAAUAAAUUGGGCCAUUUACCAAUGAGCCACACAGCCAGUUCUUGUCAAGAGCUGGUUGAAAACUGUGCUGUGCAUGUAGCAGGGAUGGCACAAGAAGAUAGCCAUCAUGGUCAAGUGCCAUCUACUUUUUAUCAUGGUGCCAACCAAGAACUUGACCUGUCCACCAAAGUGUACAAGAGGGAAUCAGGAAGUCCUUAUUCUGUGUUAGUGGACACCAAGAUGAGCAAACCGCAUCUCCAUGAAGCAGAGGAACAGCCAUAUUUCAGGGAGACAAGAUCAGCAUCCGACGUGCAUGCUGUUAAAGAAGACCAGGAGAAUUCUGAUGACACAGAAGAGGAGGAGGAGGAGGAAGUCUCUUACAAAAGGGAGCAGAUCAUAGUGGAGGUAAACCUUAAUAAUCAAACGUUAAAUGUAUCUAAAGGGGAAAAGGGUGUCUCUUCUCAGUCCAAAGAGACUCCUGUUCUUAAGACAAGUAGCGAGGAGGAAGAGGAAGAGAGUGAGGAAGAGGCCACAGAUGACAGCAACGACUAUGGCGAGAAUGAACGGCAGAAGAAAAAGGAGAAGAUAGUGGAGAAAGUCAGCGUUGCACAAAGGAGAACGAGGAGAGCUGCCUCUGUUGCUGCAGCUACCACUUCCCCUACUCCCAGAGCUACAAGAGGUCGUAGGAAGAGUGUAGAGCCACCUAAGCGUAAGAAGCGGGCCACAAAGGAGCCCAAGGCACCAGUCCAGAAAGCUAAGUGUGAAGAGAAAGAGACUCUGACCUGUGAGAAGUGCCCCAGGGUGUUUAAUACUCGCUGGUACCUGGAGAAGCACAUGAACGUUACUCAUAGGCGCAUGCAGAUUUGUGAUAAGUGUGGCAAGAAGUUUGUCCUGGAAAGUGAGCUGUCCCUUCACCAGCAAACAGACUGUGAAAAAAAUAUUCAGUGUGUUUCCUGUAACAAAUCAUUCAAGAAACUCUGGUCCCUUCACGAACAUAUCAAGAUUGUCCAUGGAUAUGCAGAAAAGAAAUUUUCCUGUGAAAUUUGUGAGAAGAAAUUCUAUACCAUGGCUCAUGUGCGGAAACACAUGGUUGCACACACAAAAGACAUGCCUUUUACAUGCGAAACCUGUGGAAAGUCAUUCAAACGCAGUAUGUCACUCAAGGUGCACUCCUUGCAGCAUUCUGGAGAGAAGCCCUUCAGGUGUGAGAACUGUGACGAAAGGUUUCAAUACAAGUAUCAGCUGCGCUCCCAUAUGAGCAUCCACAUUGGGCACAAACAGUUCAUGUGCCAGUGGUGUGGCAAGGACUUCAACAUGAAGCAGUACUUCGAUGAACACAUGAAAACACACACUGGAGAGAAACCUUUUAUCUGUGAAAUCUGUGGCAAAAGCUUCACCAGCCGCCCCAACAUGAAGAGGCACCGCAGAACUCACACAGGCGAGAAGCCCUAUCCGUGUGAUGUGUGUGGCCAGCGGUUCCGCUUUUCCAACAUGCUUAAGGCGCACAAGGAGAAGUGCUUUCGGGUGACCAGCCCCGUGAAUGUGCCGCCUGCCGUCCAGAUCCCACUUACAACUUCCCCAGCCACCCCUGUUCCUUCUGUGGUGAACACACCCUCAGCCCCAGCCCCUCCAGUCAACAUGAACCCUAGGCCAGAGUGAGGACAGCUUCCUGCGGCACCUGGCAGAGAAGAACAGUUCAGCACAGCACCAUUAACAUCUGUCUCCUUGAGUGUGUUCUCCGGGAGGGGAGUUGCGUUCCCACAUGUGUGCUUGCAGAGCGGGAACUGGUGAGCAUUUCUGUAGCUGUCAUUGUCUUGGUGAAUCAGCAGAUCCAAGGGAAUGAACAAGAAGACUACCGUGAGCUCACAGAGGGAACUGUCAUCUAAACCAGGGGAACCACUGAACUAACGCCCAAUUUGCUUGCAUUUUCUGGUGACUUUUAUAAAUUUCAAAUACUCAGACUUGUGGAAUUUUAUAAUUUCAUAUCAGCUGAUGAGGUAUGCUUGCUUUUAUAUCCUGGACUUCUCCUCAAAGAGGGGAUAGGCCUGGUUUCCUUUGUACUAAUCGGGAAGGCUGUGAGAUUAAUCCAGAGCAUUAAUUGUAUCACUGUGUAUCGUAAUGAAUUCUUUUCGGCUUUUGGUGCUGGCUACAGAGUUGAGCUGGUCACGCAUCACCAUAUAUCAAGCAUUAUAAAAAAAGACAGAAAUGUUCUUUAUGUAGUUCUCCUAACACACUCUUUAUUUUACUACAGAAAUUAUUUUAGAGUUUUUGUAUAGACUUCUUUAGUAGUCUGUUUCUAAACUGAAAUGUAUUUCAAUAAGCGGUGUAAUUUUUUCAGUGUAGCUGGACCUAUGUUGUAAAAUAGAAAAAUUUUUAUAAUCAUCAAAAUGUGAUUCUUAAAAAUUCAUAUAACUUCUAUAGUUCAAAGUUAUUACAUCCGUACAACUCAAAGGUGCUUCAGAGACUAGAUGUAUCUGAGAGGGUCUCCAGACCAGGUUACUGCAAAAAGAUUUUGCUUUCAGAACUUUACGAAAGUUCUUGGUAGUAUUUGAUUCUCUGCCUAACACUCAUAUGUCUGCUAGGCUCCCUGACGUGCUCCUGUUCUCCGUGUUUCAUCUAGUUCAAUUAGUAUGUUAACUGAAAUGAUUUGCAGAGGGUUGGAUCCUGUUCCGGAAGUCACCUAAGAGCUUGCACAUUUUGAGUAAAGCUAUUCACCGUCAAGAAGAGGAAGUAGUGGAGAUUGUUUCAUCUCGUCAUGUCUGUUUCUCACUUCCCUUAGCAACUGUGCUCAUGUUUAACUUUUAUGGGAUGACAAAUUGAGUCCUGUAUAAUAUACUGCUCAUUUUGAGGUUGCUUUAUUUUCCUAGAAUUGUUAGGAGAAGAUAAAAUAGUAAAUUAAAAUCACAAACACAGUGUUGCUCAUAGUGACUGAAGAGAAAUGUGGAUGAGAACACAAAUUGGUCAUAAGCUUUAAAGUGUCUGUUGUAUCACCAGCUGUUCACAACUUUGAACUAUUCCAACACAGUUUAAAUUGUGCGGAGGGAAAACUCCUAAGUUUUGCUGGCCUGUCUUCUGCAGAUAAUUGUGAUACCAGCAUUCAUGGGUGAUAAAGAGAGCAGCACCUCCAAUACCCUGAUGUGUGCAGGCUACUUUCAAGUUUGGAGAACUUCAAAAGAGCAUGGUCAUUCGGGAGCUUGUUAUGGGAAAGGCUGAACAGAAGGGCUAACAUAUUGGUUUAAUUUAAAUGAUCCAAUUUAUCUAUAAGACCUGACUCAGUAUAGCUGAAAAUUUCUAGAUCUUCUUCUCUAUUUCUCUCCCUCUCUCUCUCUCUCUCUCUCUCUCUCUCUCUCUCUC